CAUGAAACGGAGAAAAGAAGUAGAAGAAGAAGAAGGAAGCGCCACAGCAGCAGAAUGGUAGUAAGCUGCUAAAAGUAGCUUUACCCUGCUAACUAGCUUUUCAACAGAAAUGGAGGCAACAGGAGAGGAGAAUAUGGAUGAGCAGGGGGCAGCAGCAGCAGCAGAGGAGCCAAACUUUAGUGGACGUAGACAGACUUCUGCUAAACCUGUUUGGGCCUCACUCGAGGAAGCAGCGCAAUUGAAGACAGAAGGAAAUGCAUUUUAUAGAGAGAAGAACAUCCGCUCAGCCAUUGGACGUUAUCACCGUGCGCUGCUGAUCCUAAGAGGCCUUGACUCUGAUGUUCUUGCUUCAGUGAAAGGAUUUGGACAUGGGACCCCUACUCUCACACCAGAGCAGGAGGCUUUAUUGAGAAACACACAAGUGGACUGCUACAACAACUUGGCUGCCUGUUUGCUGCAGAGACAGAGUGUUGACUAUGCUCGUGUGCGGGAGUACAGCAUGCGGGUCCUGCAGUGGCGACCAGGUGAUGUAAAAGCAUUGUACAGGGCAGGUGUAGCCACUUUGGAGAUGGGAGAUGCACAGACUGCCAAACAGUACCUGUCCCAGGCCUCCAGAGAGCAGCCUAAUGAUGCCAAUGUGAGAAAGCACCUGCAGAGGGCUGAAGAGAAGCUUAAUAGAGAGCUACAAAAAGAAAAGGCCAUGUAUCGAGGCAUGUUUUCCUCCAGUAUGAAGAGCAGCUCAGUAGAAGAGAUUAACCAAGCGCACAUAACUGAUUACAGGAAAGCUGUCAACUGGAAAGUAAAGAUGAUACUGCUGAAAAUAGAAAGGACAGGAACGUCAGUUUCCUAGCAACAGGGACAUGCUGUUGUUUAGUCCAAAAGAUCUAGUUUGGAUAUAUCACAAAUUUGUGUAACUGUAGAUGGAGACGCCUAAUGCACUACUUUGAGUCUGAUUAGAACAUCUUGCCUGCAGUUUUUGUUAAGUGCUGUGAAUGUUAAUUUUUGAUUUCUUUUUCCAAGUAAAGUAUUUUUA